UUUUUGCAUCGAGAAUACGAGAAUAGAGACGUCACUAUUUUCCAUAGCGAAGUCAUACGAAUUCAGUUUAAUUAAAUUAACAUUAAACGUCAUUAGAUAAAUUAUUAUUUUCUACAAAACAAAAUCAGAAUUACAAUGGGCACUCGAGCAUGUGGUUUUGUUAUUUUUCGCCGUUUCCGAGGACCUAUAGAGUAUUUAUUAAUGCAGACUUCAUAUGGACAUCACCACUGGACUCCCCCGAAAGGCCACGUUGAUCCAGGAGAAGAUGACAUGCAAACCGCUCUGCGGGAGACUGAAGAAGAGGCUGGUUUCAAACAGGAAGAUUUAAAAAUUUUCCCAGAAGCUAAGCAAGAAUUAAUCUACAACGUCCAAGGAAAACCAAAGACUGUCAUCUACUGGCUGGCAGAACUCAUCAAAGAGACCCGCGACGUUAAAAUGUCCGAUGAACAUCAAGCUUUUGCCUGGCUAACUAUCGAAGAUGCUUGCAAACGUGCUGAUUAUCAAGAAAUGCAACAAGCGUUACGAUCAUUUGAUAAAUACAUUAAUGAAAAUCUUUUGUAAUUAAUAUUGCAUUAAAUAAAAUUUAAUUUUUCUAUAAAAAAAUCCAUGGGAUUGCAUGAGAACACCCAUGGGAAUUAAUACAGAAAAGUAUGGAUUUAUAAGAAUCCAUAGG